GCCCUGCCCCAGCGGGACACGAUCAGCUGCCAGAUGUUGCUUCUGCCGCCACAGCUGGACUGACUGCUGUUUAAACGGCAGCUUUGCUUCAGGGAGAACCUGCCAGAUUCGAGGCUGACUAGAGGAGGUGAAGAGAAGGUCCGCCGACAGCAGCAAACGUCUAGAUCCGCUCUAAGGGACAUAUGGGCUCCAGCCUUCACUUACUCUUCUUCUUCUGGUAACUGCGUUGCUCGGAGAAAUUCUGUCUGACCAUUUAACGUUUGCUGUCCUACAUCACGUUCCUCCAAAAACAUGCGUAGAUUCAGCUCUGAGGGAUCCCUUCUGGAUCUUGACAUGGCCCGGUGGAACAAACCGUCACCAAGGAACCCAGAACAUGGAAACAGGCAGAAGUCGGUCACCAACACGCCUCAUUUGGAAAAUGAUGAACUAGAUGCAGGGUCAGCCGGUCUGAUUCCCACCAUUCAGGAGCCGUCGCAGACAGCGAGGGAUGUCAGGAGGAAGGAGUUAGUCAAAGAGCACAGUGUCAGCGUGGAGAACCUCAGUGAUCUGGCCAAACAGGAGAUGAACCAUCUCAAAGUGGGCAUGAUCAACGAAAGCUGCAGGGCAUACAGUGAUAGCCAGCUGGCUUCAGUCACCGAGGACGUCAGUGAGAGUGUGGAAAGAGAUGGCCAACAACACAUGUCUCUGUCAGUCUCCACCAAUCCUUUGUCCUUAAAGUCCCAGGAAAGACACCAGCACAGAGCCAAGCUGUCAGCUGCUAAACUGCACAUCAAGAGUCUCUUUGGACAGACUCCACAUUCAUCAAACCCCAACUUGUUUAAUGCAGAAGAGAAAAACAGUGCCAGAGAGAGAAGGUCCCGUCUGCAUUUCAUGAGACAGUGGAGUCAGGUGGGCCACAAUAAGAAGGGGCGGAUCAGUCGUGAUAUGCUGGAAUCCUGGGCUGAGUCUCUGAAUGCCCUGCUAGAGAGCCCAGUUGGUGUUUCGGUGUUUGGAGCAUUCCUGCGCUCUGAAUUCAGCGAGGAGAACCUGCAGUUCUACUUGGCCUGUGAACAGUACAGACACUCAUCCAACAACUUCAGUCUGCAGAGAAGAGCGAAAGACAUCUGCGCCACCUACAUCCAACCUGGCGCCCCUCGUGAGGUAAACCUGGACAGUAAAACUAGAGAGUUGACCCUCCAGCUGCUGCAGGCUCCCUCUCACACCUCUCUUCUGUCAGCACAGAAGCGCGUCUACUCUUUGUUGGACACCGACUGUUACCCACGUUUCCUCCAGUCAAACGUCUACCUAACAUUGCUAAAUGAGGUCGAAGCCUCGCAAAACUGAACUUCAGCAGCCAGAGACUUUGGAAUCCGUUACUUGCAAGCUUUUCAUUGUGAAUGAGUAUUGUGAGAAAGAUAAAUAUGUUGAUGCCAAGUGGACACUGUAAAUGUUUUGCACUUGAAUUAAGACACUGAAAAAUCCACUUCCUGUCUGAGCCCAAGGAAUAUCAAUAAAUAAUUAUUGUCAAAACCUAGCUGGCCUCACUUUAAAAACUGCAAGCAGCUGGGAUACAAGUGGAGCCGCUGCUGUUCUAUGGGGCUUAAGAGCACAUGACUAUAAUGUAACUGUUCUAAUCCAUUCUGUACUGACGAAUAUUUGUAAGCAAAUCACCAUCACAGAUGGAGGUGCUGGACUUCCAUUAAAAACAGAAUGUUUUUAAUUUUAA